ACUGCAGGCAUCAGAGGUGGGCAAGACCCUGGCUCCCUGCAGUCCCUCCCCAGCACCCCAUGAAGGUACUUAGUGACUGUGACUGAGUCACCCCGUAACCUUCUCUUCAUUAAGCAAAAGAAAUUGAGCUCCUGAGUCUCUCACUAGGUGGCAGGGUUUCUAACCUUUGAAUCAGUCUUGAGGCUUUUUUCUGACUUCUCUUUCAUUGAUAACAUCCUUCUGGAAGGGCAUUCACCAGCAUAAGCCCUUGGAGAAUGGCAUUAAAUUGGAGUAACACCACAGUGAAUCAGGCAGGCGCUGUGAGGCUCUGGAUGGGACUGGUCCCCAGACCGGGUGUCUGUCUGUCAACAUCCACCGGCCAAUGUCAGAAGACGAGAUACUGAGCUAGAUGGACCUUUGUUCUGACCCAAUAUGGCCGUUCUUAUGUGCCACCAUCUUCCACCCUGGCACUGUUCAAUUUAGAGACAGGGAGAGGAGAAUUUUCAGAAGAAAAUCUGAUUAAGCAAUUCUCUGCUCAGUAUGACUAAGGAUAUCUCCAUUUACUGUACACAUUCACACAACAUUGCCCAUGCUUGCAUUUUAUCAGGAGAUUGGCGACAUUUGAUGCAAAGCCUCAACUGCUGGAGUAACGUGAUUAUAUGAGUCUCUCAGCUUCCAUGACAACAAUAAGGAGGGCUGUGAUUGGAGUUGAGAACGAGAUGAGCCAAUCAUGAAGGACUAUAAGAACAUGGUGUUUUUACAUCCACAGUAAGCCAGAUAUAAUCUCCAUAUAUGACGCCACAGGAUGGACGAGGUGGACUGGGAGUCCAAUAACAACACUUAUGACACAGGUGAGGAGCAUUCAGAUGACUCCAGUCAUUCCUCUGAGCGGGUGGGUCACAAAUCUAGCCUCCAGCUGGAGGUAGACUUAGACUACUCUCAACCAUGCAGUCCUGGUUGUAGCCCUGCUGGAACUUCAGGUAGGCAAGAACUCCCUGUAGAAUUGCAGUGUGAAGACGAGGAAACCUAUGAGACCUACUACCAGAAGCGAGGUGAGACUACAGCUGGGGUCUUUGUCACCUCCAACACCAACUUUGACCUGCAAUGUGAAGAUGAGGAUCUGGAGUUCUACUCCUCUGAGGAACCUCAGGGAGGAUUAAGUGAGGAUGAUGAAAAGAUCAUUCUUGUUGAUGCUUUUGAUGAGGAGGACCUGGAGGCCAUCACUGGAGAAGCUUUGCCUUAUAGGUGCAAGAAGUGUGGUGCCUCUUUCCAGGAUUUGGGUGAAUUACAAGAACACAACCAGAUCCAUCUGACAGAGCAUUCAUACCAAUGCCCCAUCUGCGGCAAAGAGUUCUUCCGUGCUGCGAACUUGCGAAUGCACAAGCUCAUUCAUUCUAGUGACAGGCCACACAAGUGUCCGGAGUGUGACAAGGGGUUCAUCCGCACGGCUGAUGCCUGGAGGCACCUAUGCAAUGUGCAUAAGAUUGAGCGCUCCAAGGUAGUUUUGGGAAAUGGCAUGGUUAGGAACCCAGGGUCAACAUUGCACCAAAACAAGCAUGGCAGUGGGGAUACUGACCAGCAGUGUUCAAAAAAUCAAAAGCCUGGGGAAGAAGAGUCUAAACCUUACAUCUGUCCGAUGUGUGGCAAAGGUUUCCGUAAACCUAAUCUGCUGUUGAAACACAAGGUGAUCCAUCCACAGGACAAACCAUAUAAAUGUCAAGAAUUUACACUAAGCAGGAAACUCCUGGGAGCAGCUCCAAGGCAGGAGGCAGGAGCAGCACAUGGCAGUGGGGGGAGGAACAGCUGAAUUGCCAGGCAAUUGCUAGCCUGCUGGGUGGCUGCCAC